AAUGGUUUCCAUAAAAAUAUUUAACUAUGAUUAAAUCAAUCUUGAUAAAGUCAGAAUUUAGUUGAAAUCCAAAUAGUUGAAUUAAUAAAAAUACUGGAAAUAUAAAAAUUGGAAUGUGAAAUUGGAAUUAAAGUAUAAAACUGAUCCAAGGGCAAAAUGCCUCUGGAAGAUUUAGUGAACGCUUAUUUUGAUAGAGCCCUACAGACAGCGUUCCAAAGAUUCCUACAGCAUUUGUGUCCAAGGAUAACCACCAUACUUUUGCUCAAAAUUACUGCAAAAGAAAAUCCAUCGAUGAAAUAUUUUAUGGGCAGAUAAAAAAUCUUUUGAACGCAUUUUAAAUUUUCGCGGUUUUAAGGACAAAAUGGCUGUCGAAAAAUUAUUAGAAAAUGACGAUUUUGUUAUUGUAAAUAAACCGUACGACAUGUAUAUCAAUUCAAAUAACGAAAAUGAAAAGAAUACUGUAACUUGCCACAUCGCGUCACAUGAUUCCCACCUUUCCACGUCAACGAGCCCACUAUACUUUGUGCAUCGCCUCGACUACUCCACCAGUGGGAUACUUUGCAUAGCUAAGAAUAAGACAGCCGCCGGUCGCGCUGGGAAACUGUUCGAGAAGCGACUUACUAGCAAAUAUUAUUUAGCUAUCGUCAGAGGACAUAUUUUGAACUUUGAGUUAGCUGAUAUACGUUAUGCUGUGGGUGUGGAUCCGUCACCUCAAAGCUCUCACAAGAUGUCGCCAGUAAUAAGCUCAGCCAGUUUGAGCAACGAGCCGCGCACGGCGCAUACCCGACUUCUGGUAUUGGAGACUGGCACCUACUGUGGAGAUCCCGUCACUGUGGUGCUACUGAAACCCAUCACAGGUCGUCGUCACCAAUUACGAGUGCACUGUAGCGCCAUCGGUCACACGAUCCUCGGCGACUACACAUACACCAACAGAGUAGACAGCUCUCCGCACAGAAUGUUCCUACAUGCUACCAGAUUAAUACUACCGUUUGAGCAAGACCCACUGGACAUUCAGACCUCAGAACCAUUCUUCACAGACCCGGAGCUCAGUGGUAAAUGGAAGCCAGGGAAGACGUGCUACAAGUACAGCACGCCGGCGGACUUCACCGCCGCUUGUGACGUCAUCGACCGCAGCUACACCGUGGGCGUCAAGUGUGAGGAGUUCUGUUUUAAACAAUAAACGUGUACAAUGCGA